AUGCCGGAAACAUUGAGCUCCAAGGACCAAUCCUUGUUUCGUCAAGUGGUUCACCACUUUGAGAUGAAACAGUAUAAGAAAGGCAUCAAGACAGCAGAUCAGGUCCUUCGCAAAAACCCCAAACAUGGCGAUACACAAGCCAUGAAGGCUUUGAAUAUGAGUCAAAUUGGACAAAUGGAAGAGGCCUUUGCACUCGCCAAGAAGGCUCUCCAGAAUGACAUGAAGUCGCAUAUCACCUGGCAUGUGUAUGGGUUGCUAUUGCGCCAGGAGAAGAACUAUGAGGAGGCCAUCAAGGCAUACCGAUUUGCUCUGCGCCUUGAGCCCGAAUCGCAGCCCAUUCAGCGUGACCUGGCACUGCUCCAGAUGCAAAUGCGGGAUUACCAGGGAUACAUCCGGAGUCGCAGUGCGAUGCUGCAGGCUCGGCCGGCAUUCCGCCAGAACUGGACCGCGCUUGCGAUCGCUCAUCACUUGGCCGGAGAUUUGGCUGAGGCUGAGAAGGUUCUGACCACCUACGAGGACACACUGAAGGGUGCGGUACCGCACGUCGCCGAUAUGGAGAAUUCAGAGGCCACUUUGUACAAGAAUAGCAUCAUCGCGGAGACUGGAGAUAUUGAGAGAGCCCUAGAACACCUCGAGGCUGUUGGAUACCGAUGCACCGAUGUGCUCGCCGUCAUGGAGAUGAAGGCGGAUUACCUUUUGCGAUUAGGCCGCAAGGCCGACGCGGAGGCGGCAUAUACAGCUCUCCUGGAGCGCAACCCGGAUAACUCCAUCUACUACAAUGGAUUGAUUCUGGCCAAGGGUAUUGCUGAGACCGACCACAAGGCAUUGAAGACUCUAUACGACGAGUGGGUGGAGAAGAACCCCCGCUGUGAUGCCGCUCGUCGCAUCCCUCUUGAUUUCCUUGAAGGUGAUGAGUUCAAGCAGGCCGCCGACGCCUACUUGCAGCGCAUGCUGAAGAAGGGCGUUCCUUCAUUAUUUGUGAAUAUCAAGAACCUCUACGUCAACCCAGCCAAGCGUGACGUCGUACAAGGGUUGGUAGAAGGAUAUCUUUCCGGGGAGGCAGCGAACGGGUCCGCGGAAUCAAACGGGGAUGAUAAGCACAACGAAUUCCUAUCAAGCACAUACUACUUCCUCGCUCAACACUACAACUACCACCUCAGCCGCAACCUCUCUAAGGCUAUGGAGAAUGUUGAGAAAGCCAUUGAGCUGUCACCAAAGGCCGUGGAAUAUCAUAUGACCAAGGCGCGAAUCUGGAAGCACUACGGAAACCCCGAAAAGGCAGCAGAGGAGAUGGAGAAGGCUCGACUGCUGGAUGAGAAGGAUCGCCACAUCAACACCAAGGCGGCCAAAUACGCGCUCCGAAACAACGAUAACGAGAAGGCUCUGGACCUCAUGAGCAAAUUUACGCGCAACGAGACCGUCGGUGGCACUUUGGGUGAUCUUCACGAGAUGCAGUGCACCUGGUUCUUGACUGAGGAUGCCGAGGCGUUCCUCCGACAGAAGAAGCUGGGUCUCGCCCUGAAGCGCUUCCAUUCAGUUUACAACAUUUUCGACACUUGGCAAGAAGACCAGUUCGACUUCCACGGCUUCUCUCUCCGCAAGGGCAUGAUCCGAGCCUACGUUGAUAUGAUUCGCUGGGAAGAUCGCCUGCGCGAGCACCCCUUCUACACACGGAUGGCCAUUGGAGCUGUCAAGGCCCACCUUCUUCUUCACGACCAGCCGGACCUUGUGCAUGGACCUAUUCCCAGCGGAGUCAAUGGACUCGACUCAACCGACGAGAACCAGAGAAAGAAGGCUCUCAAGAAGGCCAAGAAGGAGCAGCAGCGCUUGGAGAAACUCGAAGCCGAUAAACGUGCAGCAAGGAAGGCGGCUGCCGCCAAUGCCAAGAGUGCGGACGGAGAGACCAAGACGGAAGAUCCCGAUCCUAUGGGCAACAACUUGGUCCAGACCCAGGAUCCCAUGAAGGAUGUCUUGAAGUUCCUGACGCCACUACUUGAGUCCAGCCCCCAGAACGUCGAAGCCCAAUGCCUCGGCUUCGAGGUCCACUCUAGGAGAAACAAGCACCUCCUCGCCGUCAAGUGCCUUGCCGCCGCUCACUCCAUUGAUCCCUCCAACCCCACUCUACACCUUCAAUUGCUUCGCUUCCGUCAGUCUCUCGAUAGCCUCUCCGAGCCUCUUCCCGAGCCGGUCGCCGAAGUAGUCAAUGCCGAAUUCGACAAGCUGCUCCCGAAAUCCCAGAAUCUUGAAGAGUGGAACGAGUCUUACCUCUCUGCUAACAAGGGCAGCGUCUCACACGUGCACGCCGGCUUGUCUGGCCGCCAACUCCUGAAGCCGGAGUCCAAGUCGCAAUGUGAGCAAGACCUGCUUGCUACUCUCGAUUCGUCCGAUAUUACCAUUGACGAGGCUAUCGCCGGCUUGGAUGUUUUGGAUAAGUGGGGCAGCGAAAAGACUGCAUACGCCGAGAAGGCUAGCAAGAAGUGGCCAGAGUCUUCCGUCUUUGUGCUGAACUGA